AUGAUGGAAGGAAAUAUGAUAAACUUGAUGUAGCCAAGUGUGAAUGGAGAGAUGUUGGUAUAGUUAGAAAAAGGAAUUAUUUGCAAGACUCAUUACAAAUAGGUCGGGAGAAUGUGCUUAGCAUUUGAGUGCAAAAACAGAAGCAGAUUAAUUUGUGAUGAUUGCAUAGCAGACAAAAAUCUGCAUCGUAACCAUCAAGAAUAAAUAGUUUGUUUAAACUAAAUGAAGGAUUAGCCAAAGCAAGUCAUGGAAGAGCUAAAGUAUAGAGGAGUUGAGAAAAAAGAGCUUAAAAAAUUAGUAGAAAAGGAAUUUGAUCAGAUCAUGGAUGAGAUUUGGAAUAUUAUUUAGGAAGGAAUGAGGGAAAUUUUAAUAAGAGGAAGAGAAGCUAUAAAAAAGCUAAAUGAACAUAUAGAGGCAGCAAAUAAUGACGAUAUGGAUGAAAUAUUUAACGGAAUAAGCAUAGAUAACGACUUGCUAGACAAAUCUAACAAGAAUGAAAUAGAAAAGGUUCUAGAAAGUCUUUUAGAAUACAAACAAAUUCAAAAUGAAGAAAUCUUUGACAUGUAAGUGAAUUAAUAUUUGCAAGAAAUGUACAGAAAGUAGAAGCUUUCUAGAGAAAUAAUCAUUCCUGACAUGUAAAAGGAUAUCAGGCCACGUUUGUAAGCAAUGGCUUAAGAGAUGUUACUGAAUUGUGAUAAAUUUUUGCAAAACAACAUAAUCGAAAACAAUAAUGAAAUCAUUCGUAACGAAGGGAUUUCUAUCCAGGCGCCUUAUAAAAACGAAACAAUCAGAGAGUUUGAUGACCUUCAAUUACUUAUAGCGAAUAAUGACCAAACUAUUAACAGUUUAAUUAUACAAAGAAAAUUCUCUUUAUAUGAAAAUAUCGAAGAUGCUUUUCAUCUCAUCCCUCCUAAUAUUACAAAAAUUGUGUAUGUGCUUGACGCAGACUCAAGGAAAUUCUUCUAAAAAAUAAAAUAUAUUCCUUCUUCUGUCAAGACAAUUGAGAUCUCAGGUACAAGAUCGAACUUUGACUCGUUUAAAUUACCUAAAAGCAUCUAGAAUUUAAAGUUAACGCUGAAUUAAAUGACUGAAAUAAAUAAAGUUAUAGACGGAUUCAUUCGUUACACUCCUUAAAAGUUGCAAACUCUUGAAUUCUGUUUUACAGGUUGCCAAAUAUCAAAAAAACAAGUAAACCAUCUAAUUCAAUCGUUCAAAUACCUGCCUAACACUCUAAAAACAUAUAUAAUACACUUACAAGAUAACUUCCUGACGCCAUAUAGUAUAAAUAAGCUUAUACUGUACACUCGUUAUCUGCCUAAAUCUGUUCACAAAGUCACAAUAGAUGUUUCUAGUCAGUUUGGAAAUAACAGCUUAAACAAUGAUUAAUAUGUAUAAUAUGGUGCUCUAAAUCUUUUAGAUACCUUCCCUAAGCAAGACAUAAUUAAAAAACUGAAUCAGGAGAAAGUUGAUAAAGCUGACUUGUAUUACGGAAUAGAGCAAUCUUAAUUAGAAUACUCGUUUGUGAGGGAAUUGCUUAUAGACUUGAGUAAUAACUUGUUUGAUGAGCAGUACUACUUUUUCUGUGAAAUUAUAUUUAAUGUUUUUACUAACUUGACAAAGUUUUCUUUGAUGCUGAAUUAAUGUAACAUAGAUAAUUCAAAGUGCGAAGUAAUAGCUAAGUUGCUUCUUAAAAUGCCACUUUCAGUUAAAACAGUAGAACUUUUCAUAAAUAAGAACAUAUUUGAUCAAUACGGAUUAUAAACAAUUCUAGAAGCUAUUGAAAUAAAAAAAGAUUAGCUUUCCAACUUUACUCUUAGCUUCUAAAACGAAAAAAUAUAAUAAGAACACAUAAAUAUAAUUAAAAACUUUAUAAUAUAAAAACAAAUUCACUUAGAAAUUAUUUAUUGA